AGUUGCGGCACUCUGCCACUGGCAACCCAACGGAAGCCACUCAGAGAGGGCUAGGCCACCAGGAAAUUCACCAGCCCGUGCUGCCUGUUGGCCAUGAGCGAGCUCCCCUGUCUGAUCAGACACAGGACCUUCGACUGCCAAGUAAAGGGCAGUCACCAGAGCUCCUUGGAGGAGGGUCCUACGGGAACCUCCAGGCCGCGCCACAGCCUGAGUGUCCUGCAUGUCUCCUACAGCGUCAGCAGUUAUGUUGGACCCUGGUGGGAUGUUGCCUCUCGCCGGCAGCGGUGGGACAGGCAGAUUCUCAAAGACAUUUCCUUGUACGUGGAGAGUGGGCAGAUCAUGUGCAUCCUAGGGAGCUCAGGCUCAGGGAAGACCACCCUGCUGGACGCCAUAUCAGGGAGGCUUCGGCGCACGGGCACCCUGCACGGGGAGGUGUGCGUCAAUGGCCAGACGCUGCGCAGGGACCAGUUCCAGGACUGCUUCUCCUACGUCAUGCAGAGCGACACCUUCCUGAGCAGCCUCACGGUGCGCGAGACCCUGCGCUACACGGCCAUGCUGACCACGCGCCGCGGCUCCGCAGACUUACUGCAGAAGAAGGUGGAGGCUGUCAUGGCAGAGCUGAAUCUGAGUCACGUGGCAGACCAAGUGAUUGGCAAUUACAGCUUCGGGGGCAUUUCCAGUGGCGAGCGGCGCCGGGUCUCCAUUGCCGUCCAGCUCCUCCAGGACCCCAAGAUCAUGAUGUUUGAUGAGCCAACCACAGGCCUGGACUCCAUGACUGCCAACCAGAUCGUCCAUCUCCUGGCUGAGCUGGCUCGCAGGGACCGCAUCGUGAUCCUCACAAUCCACCAGCCCCGCUCUGAGCUCUUCCAGCACUUUGACAAAAUCGCCAUCCUCACCUUUGGAGAGUUGGUUUUCUGCGGUACCCCAGUGGAGAUGCUUGAUUUCUUCAACAACUGUGGUUACCCCUGUCCUGACCAUUCCAACCCUUUUGACUUCUAUAUGGACCUGACAUCAGUGGAUUCUCAAAGCAAAGAACGAGAAAUAGAAACCUACAAGAGAGUCCAGAUGUUUGAAUCUUCCUACAAAGAGUCAGCGAUCUGUCACAGAACUUUGGAGAAUAUUGAAAGAACAAAACACCUGAAAACCUUACCAGCGGUUCCUUUCAAAACCAAAGAUCUUCCUGGAGCUCUCUGUAAGCUGGGGGUCCUCUUGAGGAGAGUGACCAGAAACUUACUGAGAAAUAAGCAAGCACUGAUGAUGCGUCUCCUCCAGAAUCUGAUCAUGGGUUUGUUCGUCACCUUCUUCCUCCUGCGGGUCCAAAACGACAUGCUGAAGGGUGCUGUCCAGGACCGCGUGGGUCUCCUGUACCAGUUUGUGGGCGCUACCCCAUACACAGGCAUGCUUAAUGCUGUGACUCUGUUUCCCGUGCUGCGAGCUGUCAGUGACCAGGAGAGUCUGGAUGGCCUGUAUGAGAAGUGGCAGAUGCUGCUGGCCUACAUGCUGCACAUCCUCCCCUUCAGCAUCAUUGCCACUGUGCUUUUCAGCAGUGUCAGCUACUGGGCUCUGGGCCUGUAUCCUGAGGCUGCCCGAUUUGGCUAUUUCUCUGCUGCGCUCUUGGCCCCUCACUUGAUUGGUGAAUAUUUAACUCUCGUGCUACUUGGUAUAGUCCAGAACCCAAAUAUUGUCAACAGUAUAGUGGCUCUGCUGAGCAUCGCUGGGCUGCUGGUUGGAUCUGGAUUUGUCAGAAAUGUAGAAGAAAUGAACUUUCCUUUUAGAAUCUACAGGUAUUUCACAUUCCAAAAAUAUUGCUGUGAGAUUCUUAUAGUCAAUGAGUUCUAUGGACUGAAUUUCACUUGUGGCAACUCAGCUAAUUCCGAGAUCACUAAUCCAUUGUGCGCCAUGACUCAAGGAAUUCAAUUCAUUGAAACAACCUGUCCAGGUGCAACAUCCAGAUUCACAGCAAACUUUCUGAUCUUAUAUGUAUAUAUCCCAGUUCUGGUUAUCCUAGGGAUAGUUGUUUUUAAAAUAAGGGACCACCUCAUUAGCAGAUAGAACAGAGUACUGCCAGGAGAUGGAACUUCAGCUGUCAAGAUGUGGAUGACCAUUUCGAAUACCUGAAGUAAGAUCACCGUGGAUUUCUGGAUUUCUUCUUUGGUGGGACCUUGUCUUUCCACUACAAGACUUUACCUGCGUGCUUCAGAUCCACAUAGGCCUCAGGUGCCACGGAAAUGGGUCACAGCUUCUUGUUAUUCCAACCUGUUGGGACGUGUGGUGUUUGAAAAUUGUGACUGAACUGGUCCAUGAAUGUAAAUAAUAAUCCAUAAGCCUACGGAAGAUGAGUGUGGAUAUUUGUUUUCCUUCUUCUACAUACAGAAAAAUGAGUCAAUUUGCAAAUUUUGCUUACAUUUGAUAGAGACUUUGGUAAAAAGAAAUGUUUAAAUGAUUACUGACUAGAAGUAACAGAGAACAAGUUAAAGGUUUGUUGAAACAGAGACUCACGUAGAAUUAGGUAAGGAGGUUUUAGCUAUCAUUUAAUAUCCACAUUUGCUAGGUGUGGGGGUGCAUACUUGUGAUACCAGCUACUGAGAGGCUGAAGUAAGAGGAUUGCAAGUUUGAGGCCAAAAU